ACUCAAAAUUACAAUGAAAGAAGGAUAGUUCUUUGUGCGGAUUGAAAAGAGCAGUAUGAAAAUUUAGGUAAAUUAAUCUACUUAACUCGUUUGUACGUCCAUAUUAUAAACCUUUCGCAAGUCUCUCUCUUCAAAUCAGAAUAUCGGAAAGUAAAAAUGGCCAUUAUGCAUUGGCGAAAAAGCCAUCUGUGAACCGUCAACAGGUUCUUUUCAAUCUUUCCUGAACUAAAGGGAACCUGGUCAUUUCCAUAACUAUGGGGGCUUAUGCAAAGUUCCGUCGAGACUUGCCCACUUCUGUGACCCAAGCCAUCGUUGGGAACAGUGACCCAGAGUCUGCGGACCUGUGGGUCUCGUUUCGCGAAGCUGUGGGUUCUGCGGGUUUCCGAAGGACAACAGUCGCCACAAGUAGACUUGAGAAGGAUUUAGCAGCUGCUGAGAAACACCGGAAACAGGGAGUUGAGGCAUUUGAAAAUGGGAAAUAUUCUGAAGCAUUAAGUCAUCACAAUGCUGCAGUUCGUCUCAGUCCGGUCUCUUCCAUCACAUUGGGUCUAACUUACGCGAAUCGGUCGGCUGUCCUGUUUAUGCAGAAUAAUGGCAAAAUGUCCAUUGCGGAUAUGGACCGAGCGUUGUCAUUGUCGCUGCCAGAGCAGAUGAAAGACAUGAUCAUGAAUCGUCGACAGCGUUGUCAAGCUGCACUGAAAAUCGACAGUGGGUCGUCCUGGUCUCGCUGGUUGCUGUCGAUGAUCACGUCCACCAGUCGACAAGCUGGCAAGUUACGUCGCAAAGUCCGCAAUCCCGACUUGAUGACGUCGACGCCGAAAUCCGGAAGCCCCCGGGGCGCGGGAUCUAAAGAGGGCAACAGUCAGCACUUGUUGAGCAGCCUGGGCAUGGAGAACCGUCGGAUUUCGGAAGUGCUGAAAGAUGGCCCCAUGCCCAGUGCAUUGCACGACACAGCAACAGCUACAGAUUUUGGCACAAUGAGCAGCAGCCAUGAAGGGCAUCAUCAGCCACACAUGCUGAGUGACGACAUCUGCUUGGAUGGCACGGAUUCCUUGUUCACGGGUCGGCGCAAUGCCGUCAUCCCGGCUGCUGCUGAGGCCCUCACGAUGCACUAUGCCCCAGACAAAGGCCGGUUCUACGUGGCCAAUCGUGACAUUGAACCAGGUGAAUUUGUGCUGAAUGAGAAGCCCUAUGCUUCAGCUCUGUAUGCAUCCCUGUGGGAGACUCACUGUCAGACUUGCAUGCGGCCAGCCAUGGCACCAUUGCCAUGUGACUCAUGUGCAGCUGUUGUGUUCUGCUCAUCCAAUUGCAAGGACGUGGCCAAGGCAACCUUCCAUACAAUAGAGUGCCCGCACAUGGGAGAUUUGGCUGAGUUUGCUGUCCGGGAUGGUUCAAUUCUGCCCCUAAGAAUGAUGACAAGGAAGAAUUUGGAAUACUUCAGAUCCAGACUAGAUGCUCUGCACCGCAUUGACAAGCAGCGGAAUAAAUCCGUCAUGUCCAUGCCACUUAUGCAUGUAAAUUCUGACGAGUACCUGAACGUAUUCAACCUUUUGCCACAUCUCGGUUUGCGAGAAAAGUAUGCCUUGUCAAAUGCUGCUGCUUUGGCCCUUUUCUUCACCAAAUGCCUCGUCAGCAGUGGAUAUUUCGGGGCCACUCCCAAACUGGAAGAUACCGCCAUGAUAUCACGGUUGAUGUUUCAUAAUUUAAUGGCAUUCGAGUGCAAUUACUUCACGCUGUCGCAGUCGGGCAUCACGGAAGAUCACGCUUACGUGGACCUGGAUGAACGAGGCAUGGCAGUGUUUUGUGGGGCCAGUAUGUUCAAUCAUUCCUGCAACCCCAACGUAACCCACUACUUCUUGGAGGACAACAUCUUUUGUCGGGCGAAUGGCGUCAUUGCGAAAGGACAAGAAGUGAACAUCAGUUAUGGACAAUACUUUCAUCUGGCAGACAGAGAAUAUCGCAGAUCACACCUGAAGGAAAGCUAUUAUUUCUAUCCCUGUUCAUGUGAUGCAUGUGAGGAAAACUGGCCGCUCAUGGAAGACAUUGUUCCUCCAGCCAGAUAUCAGUGUCCAAAAUGCAAAUUGUCAAUUGAAUUGGAGAGCCUGGAGGAGAUUUCAACCAAGUCAUGCAGUAAAUGCAACACUUCCUUCCAACCCUAUGUUGAGGCUCUCCAACAAUUGAAGAGAGAUGCUGAGAAUUUUGUCACUGAGGUUCACAGUGGCAAAUUGAAGCGUAUUUCAGACGCCAUUGUUGCUCUUGGGAACUACCAAAAAGCUCUGUGGUCCAUGUCAUUGCGUCCCAAUGCUGAUUACAUCAUGCUGGGCAGUGUUCUAGGAGAAUUUUUCGUCAUGGAAAGCUUGCCCAUGUUGAGCCCCAAACAGCUCUGUGCUGUCGAGUCAGCAGCUCUACAUCAUUCCAACAGACCCGUCGUAGUGGCAGUGAAUAACGAAUUCCUUCAAUUGCCCUUUUUUGUGGACAUCUGGUCCGAAAUCUACCCCAACAUCGCAUUCACGAGACUGGAAAUUCAAAACUGGCUGAAUGGCACAGUGCUCGAGUCGUGGUUGUCCAAACAUUUGCUGGAUUCCAGUGGCUACAAAACUAUUCACACCAGUGAUGUUUUGAGGUAUGCUACUCUUUUCAAAUAUGGAGGAUUGUACCUGGACACGGAUGUCAUUGUGAUCAAGUCUAUGACUGAUCUUGUGAAUGCUUUGGGCAUUGAAAGCAAUGACCUGAUAAACGGUGCGGUGAUGGCAUUUGUGAAGCAUCAUCCGGUUAUGAAAUGCUGCUUGAUGGAUAUCUUGAGCAAGUGCGUUUGUGCCUUUUAUCCAGUGCAUUACACAGAAUGGCCCAGACUGAUUCAUUCUGAUGUGGAUAUUUCUGCCAAAGCAUUGAAGGAAACGGAGGAAAGUUAUUUGGUACAUUAUUGGGGUCGACUUUCUGUUGAUGAAGCCAUUCAACUCAAUACACCUCAAGCCCUUGCACUUCUUGCAAGGAAACAUUGUCCGAAGGUUUCUGCUGCAAUGACAGAUGGGAAGCUGUGGGGCUUUAAUGUUCUCCCAGUUGGCCAAUUUUGA